CUAACAAAAUCAGUCAUCAUACUAAACCCUAGAAACUUUUAAACCCACAAAACCCACACUCAACAACACAGACAGGAGAAGGAAGAAGAGGGAAAAUGUCAAAGAAGAAGCAAUCAGAAGAAGAACUGCUGCAAACCCUAGGAGACUUCACUAGCAAAGAAAAUUGGGAUAAGUUCUUCACCAUCAGAGGCUCUGACGACUCCUUCGAGUGGUAUGCCGAGUGGCCUCAGCUCAAAGACCCUCUCCUCUCCCACCUCUCCUCAACUGCUCCUCCGUCUGACCCUGCCAGUGAACCACCUCAGCCUCCUCCUCCACCGUUGCAAAUCCUAGUCCCUGGCUGCGGCAAUUCUCGCCUCUCCGAGCACCUCUACGACGCUGGAUUCCAUGGGAUUACAAAUGUUGAUUUCUCCAAAGUUGUCAUCUCGGAUAUGCUGAGGCGCAAUGUGAGGUCGCGGCCCGAUAUGCGGUGGCGCGUCAUGGACAUCACCAGCAUGCAGUUCCCAGAUGGGAGCUUUGAUGCUAUCCUUGAUAAGGGGGGAUUGGAUGCUUUGAUGGAGCCCGAGCUUGGACCAAAGCUGGGGAAGAUGUAUUUAACAGAGGUAAAGAGAGUAUUGAAAUCUGGGGGGAAAUUUAUAGGCCUUACCUUGGCAGAAUCUCACGUUCUAGGUUUGCUUUUCUCUAAGUUCCGAUUUGGGUGGAAAAUGAGUAUUCAUGUUGUAUCUCAGAAACCGUCUAAUAAGCCAAGCCUUCUAACUUUUAUGGUGGUGGCUGAGAAAGAGAGUUCUACUGUGUUACACCAGAUUACUACAUCAUUUGCUCGUUCAUCUCUUGAUCUUAAUGGGAAUCAGGCUCGUGGACUCUAUGAAGCAAUUGAAAAUGAGAAUAGAAUUCGUAGAGAAUACUCAAAUGGUUCUGAUUUAAUAUACUCUCUUGAAGAUUUGCAACUAGGAGCUAAAGGGGAUCUGUUGGAGCUUAGCCAAGGUCGUCGGUUCCAGCUUACUUUGGGUGAAUAUGAGGGCUCUCGUUUCAGUUACAGAGCCGUGGUGCUUGACGCUCGACAAAUGACUGAGCCAUUCUUAUAUCAUUGUGGUGUUUUUCUUGUGCCUAAGACUCGGGCUCAUGAAUGGCUCUUUUCCUCAGAAGAAGGACAAUGGAUGGUGGUUGAAAGCUCAAAGGCAGCUCGUUUAAUAAUGGUUUUAUUAGACACCAGCCACACUAAUGCUAGCAUGGACGAUAUUCAGAAGGAUUUGUCUCCCCUAGUUAAGCGCUUGGCACCUGCAAACAAUAACACUGGAGCUCAAAUUCCCUUCAUGAUAGCAGGUGAUGGGAUCAAGCAACGGAAAAUUGUGCACCAGGUCACAUCUACCUUGACUGGACUAAUAACUGUUGAAGACGUGGUCUACGAAAAUGUUGAUGGAAAAGUCAGCCACCUUGUGCCAUCUAAAGCUUUGUUAUUUCGCCGCCUUACUUUUCAACGAGCUGAGGGUUUGGUGCAGUCUGAAGCUUUGCUAACAAGGGAAGGAGGCACUCAGAAAAUUGUUAGUGAAACAGAGAGAAAGAAAAGCAUCUCCUCUUCCAAGUCUAGAAAAAAAGGAAACCAGAAAAAAAUUGAUUCUCUUGCAAUUCAUGGAUCUAGCAACAACUUGAAGGUCUACCAUAACUAUUUGGCUAGUUCUUAUCAUAUGGGAAUCAUUUCGGGCUUUAUGUUAAUUUCUUCUUAUUUGGAAAGUGUGGCAUCGACAGGAAGAACAGUUAAAGCAGUUGUUAUUGGUCUUGGAGCAGGUUUACUUCCUAUGUUUCUCCAUGGGUGUAUGCCUUUCUUAGACAUUGAGGUGGUGGAGUUGGAUCCUGUGAUUUUAAAUCUUGCUAGGAAUUACUUCGGCUUUUGUGAAGACAAACAUUUGAAGGUACAUAUUGCUGAUGGAAUCCAAUUCGUCAGAGGGGUUGCUGCUGAUGGAGUGAGUGGAAAGCAUGUAAAUAAUGAUGCUCAAUGCGAUGCAGAGUGCCCUUCUUCCAAUGGAAGUUGCACUGCAUCUCACGCAGAGCGCAAAGUAAUUAGCAAGUUUGACAUACUUAUUAUUGAUGUUGACUCUUCAGACUCGAGUUCUGGGAUGACAUGCCCUGCUGCAGACUUUGUGGAUGAGUCUUUUCUCUUAACUGUAAAGGACUCUCUUUCUGAUCAAGGUCUCUUUGUUGUUAAUUUGGUCUCAAGAUCCCGAGCCAUCAAGAAUAUGGUUGUCUCACGGAUGAAAGCGGUCUUCAGCCACUUAUUUUGCCUCCAGCUUGAGGAAGACGUUAAUGAAGUUCUUUUUGCUCUUCGUACUGAGGAUUGCAUUAAGGAGGAGCAGUUCGGUGAAGCUGCAGUCGAACUGGAGAAGCUGUUAUCCUGGGACAGAAAUGAUCUUCCUGGGAAAUCUAAACCCCCAGAGAUGAGUCAAAUCAUUGGAGAUUCUACUGAGAAAAUCAAGUGUUUGAAGUGAUACCCAUGUUACCUAUAGAUGAAGUGAAAUGCUUUCUUGGGUGAAAUUUGUUGAGCCUGUGAAGCUUAUUCAUCGCUGGGAAUUUUGAGCUGUGUUCAGAGACCUGCCACCACAGCCAUACUUGGAAGAAAAAGGUUACUAAAGAAUGCCGUUGUUUAUGAUAUAAAACUGUUUUUUCAACUUUAAAGACAUGUUUGGCGUUUUUACAUAGAAAGGCCUGUCUGUGAAAGUUGCCUUGAUUAUU